GCCGGGAGCAACCUUCCAUCCGCUCCCCGAGGCGGGGCCGGACCGGCUGCGGGCUCUCCGUGGGCGCCCUUCCUCGGGAGGUGCUCCCCUCACCGGGACCCCGCCCGGGACCCGGCGCCGCGUCCUGCGGCCCCGGUGGCUCACGGUGGCGGGAGAGGAUUGCGUUCCCAGGAAAGUGGGGUGGCUCCGGGCUUCUUUUCAGGGCAACUCCUCCUGCGUCCUGCUACUUCUCUCCUGGGCGUGUUGUUGUCCUCAAAUGACAGGGGGCCGCCUUGCGUCUCCUUACCCGGCCGGUUUUUUCCUGACUGUCGUGGUAUGGCAUCACAGCUGCAGGUGUUUUCCCCCCCAUCAGUGUCGUCGAGUGCCUUCUGCAGUGCAAAGAAACUGAAAAUUGAGCCCUCUAGCUGGGAUGUUUCAGGACAGAGCAGCAACGACAAAUAUUAUACCCACAGCAAAACCCUCCCAGCUACACAAGGGCAAGCCAACUCCUCUCACCAGGUAGCAAAUUUCAACAUCCCUGCCUACGACCAGGGCCUUCUCCUCCCAGCUCCCGCAGUGGAGCAUAUUGUUGUAACAGCCGCUGAUAGCUCGGGCAGUGCUGCUACAUCAACCUUCCAAAGCAGCCAGACCCUGACUCACAGAAGCAACGUUUCUUUGCUUGAGCCAUAUCAAAAAUGUGGUUUGAAAAGAAAAAGUGAAGAAGUUGAUAGCAACGGUAGCGUGCAGAUCAUAGAAGAACAUCCCCCUCUCAUGCUGCAAAACAGGACUGUGGUGGGUGCUGCUGCCACGACCACCACUGUGACCACAAAGAGUAGCAGUUCCAGUGGAGAAGGGGAUUACCAGCUGGUCCAGCAUGAGAUCCUUUGCUCUAUGACCAACAGCUAUGAAGUCUUGGAGUUCCUAGGCCGGGGGACAUUUGGACAGGUGGCUAAAUGCUGGAAGCGGAGCACCAAGGAAAUUGUGGCUAUUAAAAUCUUGAAGAACCACCCCUCCUAUGCCAGACAAGGACAGAUUGAAGUGAGCAUCCUUUCUCGCCUAAGCAGUGAAAAUGCUGAUGAAUAUAAUUUUGUCCGUUCUUAUGAGUGCUUUCAGCAUAAAAAUCAUACCUGCCUUGUGUUUGAGAUGCUGGAGCAGAACUUAUAUGAUUUUCUAAAGCAGAACAAGUUUAGCCCACUGCCACUCAAGUACAUCAGGCCAAUCUUACAGCAGGUAGCCACAGCCCUGAUGAAACUCAAGAGCCUUGGUCUGAUUCACGCUGACCUUAAGCCUGAAAACAUAAUGCUGGUGGAUCCAGUGCGCCAGCCCUAUCGAGUGAAGGUCAUUGACUUUGGUUCUGCUAGCCAUGUUUCCAAAGCUGUGUGCUCAACCUACUUGCAGUCACGUUAUUACAGAGCUCCUGAAAUUAUUCUUGGAUUACCAUUUUGUGAAGCUAUUGAUAUGUGGUCACUGGGCUGUGUGAUAGCUGAACUAUUCCUGGGAUGGCCUCUUUAUCCUGGUGCUUCAGAAUAUGAUCAGAUUCGUUACAUUUCACAAACACAAGGCCUGCCAGCUGAAUAUCUUCUCAGUGCCGGGACAAAAACAACCAGGUUUUUCAACAGAGAUCCUAAUUUGGGGUACCCACUGUGGAGGCUUAAGACACCUGAAGAACAUGAAUUGGAGACUGGAAUAAAAUCAAAAGAAGCUCGGAAGUACAUUUUUAACUGUUUAGAUGACAUGGCUCAGGUGAAUAUGUCCACGGACUUAGAGGGAACAGACAUGUUGGCAGAGAAGGCAGAUCGAAGAGAAUACAUUGAUCUGUUAAAAAAAAUGCUAACAAUUGAUACAGAUAAGAGAAUUACUCCUUUGAAAACACUUAACCAUCAAUUUGUGACAAUGACUCACCUUCUGGAUUUUCCACAUAGCAAUCACGUUAAGUCUUGUUUUCAGAACAUGGAGAUCUGCAAGCGGAGGGUUCACAUGUAUGAUACAGUGAGUCAGAUCAAGAGUCCCUUCACUACGCAUGUUGCUCCAAAUACAAGCACAAAUCUAACCAUGAGCUUCAGCAACCAGCUCAAUACAGUACACAAUCAGGCCAGUGUUCUAGCUUCCAGUUCUACUGCAGCAGCUGCUACUCUUUCUCUGGCUAAUUCAGAUGUCUCACUGCUAAACUACCAGUCUGCUUUGUACCCAUCAUCUGCAGCACCAGUUCCAGGAGUUGCUCAGCAGGGUGUUUCUUUGCAGCCUGGAACCACCCAGAUUUGCACUCAGACAGAUCCAUUCCAACAAACAUUUAUAGUAUGUCCCCCUGCUUUUCAAACUGGACUACAAGCAACAACAAAACAUUCUGGAUUCCCUGUGAGGAUGGAUAAUGCUGUGCCAAUUGUACCCCAGGCGCCAGCUGCUCAGCCACUGCAGAUUCAGUCCGGAGUUCUUACACAGGGAAGCUGUACACCACUAAUGGUAGCAACUCUCCACCCUCAAGUAGCCACCAUCACACCGCAGUAUGCGGUGCCCUUUACUCUGAGCUGCGCAGCUGGCCGGCCGGCGCUGGUUGAACAGACUGCUGCUGUACUGCAGGCAUGGCCUGGAGGAACCCAACAAAUUCUCCUGCCUUCGACUUGGCAACAGUUGCCUGGGGUAGCUCUACACAACUCUGUCCAGCCAACAGCAGUGAUUCCAGAGGCCAUGGGGAGUGGCCAGCAGCUAGCAGAUUGGAGGAAUGCCCACUCGCAUGGCAACCAGUACAGCACUAUCAUGCAGCAGCCAUCCUUGCUGACUAACCAUGUGACUUUGGCCACUGCUCAGCCCCUGAACGUUGGUGUUGCCCAUGUUGUCAGACAACAACAGUCCAGUUCCCUCCCUUCAAAGAAGAAUAAACAGUCUGCUCCAGUCUCUUCCAAGUCUUCUCUGGAUGUUCUGCCUUCCCAAGUCUAUUCUCUGGUUGGGAACAGUCCCCUUCGCACCACAUCUUCUUAUAAUUCCCUAGUCCCUGUUCAAGAUCAGCAUCAGCCAAUCAUCAUUCCAGACACUCCCAGCCCUCCUGUGAGUGUCAUCACUAUUCGCAGUGACACUGAUGAGGAAGAGGACAACAAAUACAAGCCCAGUAGCUCUGGCCUGAAGCCAAGGUCCAAUGUCAUCAGUUAUGUCACUGUCAAUGAUUCUCCAGACUCUGACUCUUCCUUGAGCAGCCCAUAUUCCACUGAUACCCUGAAUGCUCUUCGAGGCAAUAGUGGACCCCUUCUGGAGGGGCCUGGCAGAGUUGUGGCAGCUGGUCCUGGCACCCGCACCAUCAUUGUGCCUCCAUUGAAAACUCAGCUUGGUGACUGCACUGUAGCAACCCAGGCCUCAGGUCUCUUGAGCAGUAAGACCAAGCCCGUGGCCUCGGUCAGUGGGCAGUCAACUGGAUGCUGUAUCACCCCCACAGGGUACCGGGUGCAACGCGGGGGGACCAGUGCAGCACAGCCACUCAACCUUAGCCAGAACCAGCAGUCUUCAUCAGCUCCAUCCUCGCAGGAGAGAAGCAACAACCCUGCCCCCCGCAGGCAGCAGGCGUUUGUGGCCCCGCUCUCCCAAGCCCCCUACGCCUUCCAGCAUGGCAGCCCGCUACACUCGACGGGGCACCCACACCUGGCCCCAGCCCCUGCUCACCUGCCAAGCCAGCCUCACCUGUAUACGUAUGCUGCCCCCACCUCUGCUGCUGCAUUGGGCUCCACCAGCUCCAUUGCUCAUCUUUUCUCCCCACAGGGCUCCUCAAGGCAUGCUGCAGCCUAUACCACCCACCCUAGCACUCUGGUGCACCAGGUUCCUGUCAGUGUGGGGCCCAGCCUCCUCACUUCUGCCAGUGUGGCCCCUGCUCAGUACCAACACCAGUUUGCCACGCAGUCCUAUAUCGGGUCUUCCCGAGGCUCAGCAAUUUACACUGGAUACCCGCUGAGUCCUACCAAGAUCAGCCAGUAUUCCUACUUGUAGUUGGUGAACAUGAGGGGAGGGGUUAUGGCUGCUUCUUCCCAGCCCUGAGUUUUUAAUAAUGGGCUAUGAUGAGCUCCUCUCUUACCCUCUCUUGAAAAACUCCUUAGCCAGCAACUUGUUCUGCAGGGGCCCACUGAAGCAGAAGGUUUUUCUCGGGGAACCUGUCUCAGUAUUGACUGCAUUGUUGUAGUCUCCCAAAGUCUGCCCUAUUUUUUAAUUCUUUAUUUUUGUGACAGCAUUUUUGGUAUUUGGAAAAGUUCAAAUGCCCAUCUUCAGCAGAGUUAUCAAGGAAGAGAGAUCAUUCUGAGGUUACCCCUUGAAAAAUAUUUUGUCUCUCUGACUUGAUUUCUAUAAAUGCUUUUAAAAACAAGUGAAGCCCCUCCCUAUUUAACUUUGUUUUAUUGUAAUUGCUGAUCAGAGGAAAGAUGCUGAUAAAAGGACUUGAAGUCUGGUAACAAGUGAGAAAAGAAAAACAUUUCUUGUUUGUUAAAAAGCUGAGACUUAUUUGCCUAUUUUAUUUUAAAAGCAAGCUUGCACAGUAUAUAUUUUACCAUCAGGCAUUUCUCCUCAAAAUUUUACCUUUGUUUAUGGAACAUUUAAACUCAGAAUGUUUUAGUUUUGGUUUUAUGUCUCAUUAUACUUAAUGGUUUUUUUGCAAAACUGGUUAUAUAUUACUUUGUGUUACUAUUGGGAUUCUGUCAGUUGCUCCUGUUUGGGUUAGAAUGCUGUUAGUUUAAAAGGCAGCUCACCAUUUACUGGCAACUUAGUGUGAGGAAGUCCAUACCUACAGUGAAAGCACCAUGCAUUCUUUUAAAAUUAUUUUUUAAAAGUCCUUCUCUCUCUGACUCAGCUUAAAUUUUAUUAAUGGAAAAGCCAUUAAAUUAAGGUGGUUAUUGUAUGGUUGUCAUCGUUUUUACGAUAUGCAAAAUCUCGUAUUAAGAGAUACUGGCAUUGAUGAGCUUUGCCUAAAGAUUAGUAUAAAUUUUCAGUAAUACACAUCUCUCUUUUUGCCUCAUCUCUCCCUUCUGUUUUAUGUGAUUUAUUUGGGGAGAAGCUAAAGAAUCUGAAACCAGAUAAGAGCAUUGUUGUGUAUAGCUUUUAUAUUUUAAAGUAGCUUCCUUUGUAUGCCAGCAGCAAAUUGAAUGCUCUCUUAUUAAGACUUAUACAAUAAGUGCAUGUAGGAAUUGCAAAAAAUAUUUUAGAAAUUUAUUACUGAAUUUAAAAAUAUUUUAGAAGUUUUGUAAUGGUGGUGUUUUAAUAUUUUGCAUAAUUAAAUAUGUACAUAUUGAUUAGAAAAAUAUAACAAGCAAUUUUUCCUGCUAACCCAAAAUGUUAUUUGUAAUCAAAAUGUGUAGUGAUUACACUUGAAUUGUGUAUUUAGUGUGUAUCUGAUCCUCCAGUGUUACCCCGGAGAUGGAACUGAUGUCUCCAUUGUAUUUAAACCAAAAUGAACUGAUACUUGUUGGAAUGUAUGUGAACUAAUUGCAAUUAUAUUAGAGCAUAUUACUGUAGUGCUGAAUGAGCAGGGGCAUUGCCUGCAAGGAGAGGAGACCCUUGGAAUUGUUUUGCACAGGUGUGUCUGGUGAGGAGUUGUUAAGUGUGUGUCUCUUCCUUCCCUUUCUCCCUCCUUCCCUUAUUGUAGUGCCUUAUAUGAUAAUGUAGUGGUUAAUAGAGUUUACAAUGAGCUUGCCUUAGGAUGGACCAGCAAGCCCCCGUGGACCCUAAAUUCACUGGGAUUUAUCAGAACAGGAUUAGUAGCUGUGUUUGUGUAAAUGCAUUGUUCUCAGUUUCCCUGCUGACAUUGAAAAAUAAAAACAGCGCUUUUCUCUUUACUACUACUUCUACCCCUUUUUUUGAAUCUCAGCUGAGUUCUCCCAGAAGCCCUCAUAUUGCUCUCUCACUGUGUAUUGCUACCUUGCUUCUGUGAGAAUUCAGGAAGCAGGUGAGAGAAGUCAAGCCAAUAUUAAAUAUGUAUUUUUUUUCUUUUCUCUUUUUUUUUAGUAUGUGCAAUCACAUGUAGAGUGUUUUUUUUUUCUUUUCCCAUGUGAUAGUACUUCCUGCAAAUAGUUGACAUUCCUAGUAAAAUAUUUGCUUGUUGAAAAAACAUGUAACAGAUGUGUUUUAUACCAAAGAGCCUGUUGUAUUGCUUACCAUGUCCCCAUACUAUGAGGAGGAGUUUGUGAUGCCGCUGGUGCAGGGAACUCACAGAUAGGUUUUUAGUGGGUGAAGAAUAUGAAGAAACCAAAGUCUGUUGAGUCAUUGGGGCUUUUGAGGUUUCUUUUUAACAACUUGUAUAUUCUUGGGGCCCUUCAAGCUGUGAAAUUGUCCUUGUACUCUCAGUUCCUGCAUGGAUCUGGGUCAAGUAGAGGGUACUGGGAAUGGGAACAUUCCUGCGCAUAAAGGAUUUGGGGGAAGAAGGCUAACCCUAAGAUACAGAUGUGUUCCAUCUGAAUUGAAAAUGAUAUAUUUGAGGGAUACUUCUAGGGCUGGUACUGUAUAGAGAUGGUUUCAAGGAGGUGCAGGAUGGAGAUGGGAGAUUUCAUGGAGCCUGGUCAGCAAUCUCUGUACCAGGUCAAACACCGAGGAGAUGUCAAGGUAUUUGGUGUUUCUUCAUUGUAGGGAGUAAGGGCUUCCAAGAUGGGGCAGGUAGACAUUACAGUCUACCAGGAAUAUGUUGAUGUUGGAGUUUUCUGUAUUUUUUAGUCAUACUGAGUUGUGUUUGCAGCACUAUAUUGGUCAUGACAGCCAAGCAGUUUGUAUAGUUUUUGUCACUAGUGUUAUGAUCCAUGUGUGUGAUCGUUGUGUCUCCUUUUUUGCCAAGCACAUUCUUGCUCAAAUGCAGGUCUGGUUUCUAAUGGAAACAUUUUUGUUCUUUAUCUUUCCUCUACAGGGGGCAAGAUUUAUUGUUUUAGUAAGAAUUGAGAUGGGGGGGGACACCUCUCCCCUUCUCUUAGUCCAAUAGGUAGAUAUGAUUUAAAAUAGGAGUCUUAAUUCCACAGAAAAAGAUAUUACCAAGAACUUAUAUUGUUAUUGUAAUCACAUUACUAGUAAUGUGUGGCUGUAAGAAUUUUAGAGAUUUUCAGUAUUAGUCUACAAAUCGACAGUUCUGAUACAUCAAGGUAAAAAUCUACCUGUGUUUGCUGAAUAUGCGUGUACUCCGAUGUGGCGUUAGAUUCUUCACAUUGCCAGCCCUGACAGGAUGGGGGAAGCCAGGUGAACUAGUGAACCAGCUGGCCAGGGUCACAGUGGUCUGACCUCAAACCAGCUUAAGGCUCUUUAGGCCUUCUCUCAGAACUUGCAUUUCCCGCUUCUUCCUUUCAGGGUGGGAGAGGGAAAGUCAGGAAGGGUUAAAUGCAAACAUUGUAGGCUCACCAGGCACGUAAUCACUCCAGAGUUUUUAUUAGCUCCCAGGAGGUGAUCCCACUAUCUGUGCUCCAGCAAUCCCAGGAAUUAAGACCAACCCCAGGAAUAAAAACUCCAUUUCAAACAAUUCUGGCCACUCUGAGUCUGCUUUUGCGAUUGAUUGCUCAUCCAUUCCACUAGAGGGGCUAAGUUUGACUGCCCUUAGCCAGGCAAGCACAGUAAUGUGUGUUUUAUUCAGCAUUAUUAUGCAAAAAUCCACUGGUUGGGAUGGUUUGUUUUAGGAUAGGAAAUGAAAUUGCCUCUCAGUGACAGGAAUGGCCCAAGCCUGCUUCCUAUUUUGAAUUUUUUUUUAAACCUGAUGGAUGGUGCAGCAUGUCUACAUGGUUGUUCGUUGCUAAACUUUAUAUAAUGUGUGGUUUCAAUCAGCUUGAAAAAUAAUCUCACUACAUGUAGCAGUACAUUAUAUGUACAUUAUAUGUAAUGUUAGCAUUUCUGCUUUGAAUCCUUGAUAUUGCAAUGGAAUUCCUACUUUAUUAAUGUAUUUGAUAUGCUAGUUAUUGUGUGCGAUUUAAACUUUUUUUGCUCUCUCCCUUUUCUGGUUGUGCGCUUCCUUUUACAACAAGCCUCUAGAAACAGAUAGUUUCUGAGAAUUACUGAGCUAUGUUUGUAAUGCAGAUGUACUUAGGGAGUAUGUAAAAUAAUCAUUUUAACAAAAGAAAUAGAUAUUUAAAAUUUAAUACUAACUCUAUGGGAAAAGGGUCCAUUGUGUAAAACAUAGUUUAUCUUUGGAUUCAAUGUUUGUCUUUGGUUUUACAAAGUAGCUUGUAUUUUCAGUAUUUUCUACAUAAUAUGGUAAAAUGUAGAGCAGUUGUAAUGCAUCAAUAAAAUGGGUAAAUUUUCUGAUUCA